AUUGUAACUGAACUUUAAUAUCCAUAUAGAACUGUUCCUGACUAUUGUUAAUAUAAUGUGUUUUAACACUUGAAAUAUGUUUACUAUGACAUUUGCUAAAAGUGCAAACUUUGCCCAGGUUGCACACUGGGCCUCAGAAAAUACUUAAUCAUAAACUCCUGUAUUUUCCACAGCCUACAGUAAAUAAAUGGGUCAUGACUCGACUUUUAACUUAAAGGAGUAAGUAUAGACUAUAGACUAUACUUCAGUGAUCUACAUUCUACAUUCCAGCCAAAAAGUUUCAAGUGGUCUGCCACCUCAGGUCCGCUGCGGAGGUUUGACUUCAGGAGGAAGACACGCCUAGUCUUCGAUGUGGGUGGGGUUACAGUCUUCUACUAUUUAAAAAGUUUCGAGCAGAUGGUCGGCAAAGUUCGGGAGUGCUUAGCCGGGGCGUCUUUACUCAUAUUCUGAUAUCACCCAGUGCGUUUUCAGGAUGCCAUCUGAUUUCCUAACGCCGUUUUUGGAGCUGGGCGAUGAGUUUUGCAAGAAUUUACGUGGUCUGGACAUAACAGAUGGCGCACUACCCACAACACAGAAGCAGCGCGCCGUGGGAUUUCAGCGUAGACAUUCCUUAUGUCCGGUCACCCUGCCAAACUCUAAGUUCAACAGCGGCAGUUUCGAUGCCAGCGCCGAGCCUUCCUUCUGGCCUCUCAACACAGUCAAUCAGCAGUGGAACCAGCAGCAACAGUUGCCCCGUUCCACUCUCAACCAUAUCCCCUUUCGAGUGGAUCGAUCGGCCAGUAUGAUUGAAGGGCACGUUGGCAGCCUGGGAACCACCGAGCUACCACCACAACUGACCACAUCCACAUGUCUCAUGCCCCCACCAGGCCUGAGCGUAAGCACCAGCUCGCUGUCCUCUCCCAAGUCCCCAACUCCUUCCAUCUCGCCUCGUUAUAAGACCGAGUUGUGCCGCACAUACGAAGAGAAUGGCACCUGCAAGUACGGGGCCAAAUGUCAAUUCGCUCAUGGCAUGGAUGAGAUGCGGGGCCUCAACAGGCAUCCAAAGUACAAGACGGAGCCGUGUCGUACCUUUCACACCAUCGGCUUCUGCCCCUAUGGCGCACGCUGUCACUUUGUCCACAACGCAGAUGAAGUAUGCCUGGGUGGCACGGCGCCAAACACCAGGCAGAAGAUGAGAGAGCGUCCACAGCUCAUGCGUCAGAGCGUCAGCUUCGCCGGUUUCUCCUCUCAGCCGCUGACUGGCUUCCAGGCCGUCCAAGAGCCCAUGACCUUCUCGAGGGCCUCCUCCGUGUCCCCACCUCCCUCUACCGGCAGCCCUGACCUGCUCUCGCCUCUCUACCCCGAGCCCCGCGCACUCAAACAAAGCUACCCUCUCUCUGCUGACCUCGACAGCGACCAUCUCAUCGCGAACCACCACCGCCUGUUCAGGCUCGCAGAUUCCAAAGUUAGCUCGGGUUUUGCGCCCAUGGCGGUGGCGCAGAACUGCCACCGAAAUGCCUUCACAUUCACCGGCCUGUCUGUGCUUCAGCGUAGCACGUCAGCCGACUCUCUCUCCGACAAGGAGGGUUACACAAGCUCCAGCAGCCUUAGUGGUUCCGACUCCCCUAGUUUAGACGGCAGACGACUCCCCAUCUUUAGCCGCUUGUCUGUUUAAGACGACUAAAACUUUUAAAUGUGUGCAUAUUGCAUUGUCAUCCCAGCAGGAGUAUUUCUGCUUAGUGUUUGUAAAACGUACUGUCAGACUCGUUUAUGCAUAUAUAUAUAUAUAUAGACAUGUAUAUCAAAACAUUGGCAAUGUAUACUGUUGUAUACCCUUUUGAACUACUGUGGGUACUGCACAAAAACGUUUUUCUUCCUGUUUUCUACAAAUCCUGUUUCAGGAUUGAUAUUGAAUUUCCCCUCCGUAUGCUUGUCAUAAGGACUAACCCCUAGGUCACAUGUUUGAGUCACUUACUCCCAGUUUCACGUUAGUAAGUGGAUCGAUGUUCCCUGUUUGUGUAACCAAAGCUGCAACUUAGUUUAUAUUGUUUGUAGGUGAGGAAAAUGUACUGUAAACAACGUAGCCUUUAGUGGAGGCACCUAAUGAACAGUAUUAUCACGUAGUCUAACCACAGGGCUUUUCCAGAUGUAUUUAUUGCUGUUUUGUAUUAUAGUAUUCUCACUUUUUAAUACUCUGUCUGCUUUGAAAAAUGUAAAUGCUCUAUUUGGUUCACAUUGUUUGCUGUUGUUUGAGCAACUAUUUAGCUUUAAGUGAACACAACAACACAGGCAUCCUUGAAUGUUUGAUGUCUUAGGAUUACUUCUCUUGUUGAUCACAAUUAGUUCAGCUGCAAGUUCCACAGUACAAUCAAAAAAAAAAAAGACUCACUGAGGUGUUCAUCUGCCGAAACAAAAAAAGAAACAAACACGCAAAGUCACGUGGCGGUUGUCCAGGACGCUCUUUUAAAAGACUGUUUAAAAGUGUCUAUUUACGGUCUAUCCCAGCUGACACUUUUAUUCUCUCAUGUUUUUGUUGCCAUGUAAGCCUCCAUUCUCAACUGAGAAGAACAAAAGUGUACGUGUUUGUGUUUGCUAUUCUUUCUUUUUGUUUCAUUUUAAACAUGGCAGAGUAACAAUGUAUAAGGAAGUGCCACAACGCCAACUUGUAUCUUAAGAAUCUUGCACUCUAUGUUCAAAGGUGUGUCAUGUUUUGCAAGCGAAGAAUCAGCUACUCAGGAGUGUCUUUCCUUUGGGCAGAGAUUCUUGUGAAUAGCUGAUGCUUUGGUAAAGCUGUGGGCAUGUUUUUAGUUCAUGUAUAGCGAAAAAUGAAAUUGACAUCCAUUGUGCCCUAACUGUGAGAAAAUAUGCUUUUUGCAUUUUGUUAACUUAAAAACGUAUUUAUUUUGGUUUGUUCUGAUUUUUUUUAAAGUGUCAUUUUUAUAUUAUGUUUUUUUUUUAUAUAAUUUAAGUGUAAUGUUUACAUUCCGUGGGAUAGGUGUCCCAGGUUGUUAUCCUAAUAUAUAUUGGGUUUUUUUUGUUCAAAAGUUCAAAAUAAACUUUUCGGAGGAAAA